AUGUCCACAGUGAUAAUCGGUGCUCUCUAUGGUCUACGGGAGUCUUUUUAUGCUCCCAAGGGUCUUUGGCUGCUACACUUCAAAACAAGCGGUCUUUCGUCUUCGUCCCACUUUGUUUGUCGUCGAAGCUCCGCUACUGACCCCUUACUGCAGCCGCUCCACGGUCAGGCUCUCCGUAGACUCAGACUUUCGGCAGCGAUGGGAGAGAAGAGGUUCUCUACUGGUGGUGCCAAGUCACAAUCCACCGAAAGCCUCAAUCGCCUGUCCUCGGAGCGUCCCCUUUAUUCUGCCGAUAACAUAUUGGGUCUGCUUGGUCGAAUAUGGGUCAUCAACGUGCUUCUUCUUUUUGCAAGUGGCUAUGUCACCUUCCUUGCGUUAAUUCGCCAAUGGCUGUGGAACUUCUUUAUCGUCCGAUGUAUUUGUGGUCUCGUUACUCUGCUUUUGCAGAAUUUCAUUUUCCUCGUGAUGGAACUUAUCAACGCUAUCUACUUAAAGAAAAUAUGUGAAAAGAUAACCUCAAUGCGUCAACUGCGUUCUUCGUCAGCCUGUAAAAGUGGUGAUGUAGGAAACAAACACCCGCGAGAUACAUCUCUCUCUCGCACUCUCAACUGCUCAUCCCCAUCCUCUGUGUCCUGCUUCAAUUCUUCGCAACACUCCUACGGUGUUGGAAAACAGCUGAUAGACUGGGUCUACUCCAUUGUGUUUUUCAUCGUCUAUCGUUUGCAGUGGAAACUCUGCGCAUCCUUUGUGCCCUUCUUCUUGGUCAACUUUCUCAUCAACUCAGUCAGUUUGGCCUUUAUGUAUGCAUCCUACGCAUUUGAAUAUCACGCUCGGCAGACCUCGGAUGUGACUUUUGAGGUGAUUCUCUCACACAUAGUCUCCUACUGGCCUGUCUUUAUCGGCUAUGGUUCAACUCUUGGCAUUCUAGUCUCGCUACUACCUGGUCCGUUUGGUUGGAGUGACCUUCUAAUUGCGUUUUGGUACCCAGUCAUGGUGGUGGGUGCCUUUCAGGUCUCCUGGUCUCGUGCUCUUGACCCCACCCGCCACCGAGUGUCACCUCGUCUGCGCUCUCUUGCCGUGUUGUCGAUGAGACCCGCACUCUUUGUUACCAACGCCCUCAUAUCCCUCUUUGCUUCCCUCCUAGGGUAUUCCUGUACAGCUGCCCAUCGAAGCUGUCACCAUCGUCAUCACAGAUAA